UAUAAAGCCAGGGCCCCUCGCCCGCCCCCACGACUCCCUGCAACCAUGAGCCCAGCGCAGCUGGUGGCGGCCGCGGCCCUGGCCCUGGCGGCGCUGGCGUGCCCGGGGGGGGCGCAGUGCCCGGCGCCGGCCGACCUGAAGGACAUCAACGGCACCAAGCUGUGCGCCCAGCUCUACGCGGACGCCAGCCCCUACUACGACCAGUGCUGCGGGGGCCGCGUGCUGCCGGUGCCGCCGGGCACGGACAUGCCCUACCUGCCGCGGGACUGGAACGACCGCGUGUCGUCGCUGGUGGUGGCGCCGCGCUGCGAGCUCACCGUCUGGAGCCGGCGUGGCAAGGAGGGCUCCACCAAGCGCUUCAGCGCCGGCGUCGUCUACCGGCUGCAGGAGGUGCGCAAGGGGCUGCUCGGGGACUGGGACGACAGCAUCUCCGCCUUCUACUGCAAGUGCAGCUGAGCCGCCUUCCCAUCGUCCUCCCCGCUUGGAACGGCCUUCCCAUCAUCCUCUCUGCUUGGAAACGGCCUUCCCAUCGUCCUCCCCGCUUGGAACGGCCUUCCCAUCAUCCUCCCUGCUUGGAAACGGCCUUCCCAUCAUCCUCCCCGCUUGGAACGGCCUUCCCAUCAUCCUCCCUGCUUGGAAACGGCCUUCCCAUGAUCCUCUCUGCUUGGAAACGGCCUUCCCAUCAUCCUCCCUGCUUGGAAACGGUCUUCCCAUGAUCCUCUCUGCUUGGAAACGGCCUUCCCAUCAUCCUCUCUGCUUGGAAACGGUCUUCCCAUGAUCCUCUGCGCUUGGAAACGGCCUUCCCAUGAUCCUCCCUGCUUGGAAACGGCCUUCCCAUCAUCCUCCCUGCUUGGAAACGGUCUUCCCAUGAUCCUCUCUGCUUGGAAACGGCCUUCCCAUGAUCCUCUGCGCUUGGAAACGGCCUUCCCAUCGUCCUCCCCGCUUGGAACGGCCUUCCCAUCAUCCUCUCUGCUUGGAAACGGUCUUCCCAUGAUCCUCUCUGCUUGGAAACAGCCUUCCCAUGAUCCUCUGCGCUUGGAAACGGCCUUCCCAUCAUCCUCUCUGCUUGGAAACGGUCUUCCCAUGAUCCUCUCUGCUUGGAAACAGCCUUCCCAUGAUCCUCUGCGCUUGGAAACGGCCUUCCCAUCGUCCUCCCCGCUUCGAACGGCCUUCCCAUCAUCCUCCGCACUUCGAACGGCCUUCCCAUCAUCCUCCCUGCUUGGAACGGCCUUCCCAUGAUCCUCCCUGCUUGGAAACGGCCUUCCCAUGAUCCUCUGCACUUGGAAACGGUCUUCCCAUCAUCCUCCCCGCUUGGAAACGGCCUUCCCAUGAUCCUCUCCGCUUAGAAAACUGUCAUCCCAUGAAUCGCUCUGCUUAGAAAACAGCCUUCCCAUGAUCCUCUCUGCUUGGAAAAAGGUCUUCCCAUGAUCCUCUGCCCAGAAAAAUGGCUUUCCCAUGAUCCUCUCUGCCUGCAGAAGCAGCUUUCCCUUGAGCUGCUUGGAAAGCAGCCUUCCCAUGAACCUCUGCCCAGAAAAAAAGCCUUCCCAUGAUCCUCUCUGCCAAGGAAACGGUCCUCCCAUGAUCCUCUCUGCCUGGGGAAGCAUCCCGCUUGGAAACGGCCCCCCCGUGAUCAUCUCUCCCUGGGAUUUUGGCCUCCUCAUGAGCCUCUGAUUGGCCUUCCCAUGAUGCUCUUUGCCUGGGAAAGCUGUCUUCCCAUGAUCCUCUGCUCUCCAGCCCAGCCUCUGCACCCCACCUCCCGCCAGCAAUAAACACUUCCACCCAGAGAGGUUCGAGAUGCAACUUGUUUUUCCCAGCAUGCUUUGUUCCUCGACCCCUGA